AUGGCUAAACCAAGGCUCAUCAUCCUCAUCCGGCACGCCCAAUCCGAGGGCAACAAGAACCGCGAAAUCCACCAAACGAUCCCUGACCACCGAGUAAAGCUCACACAAGACGGCUGGCAACAAGCCUACGACGCCGGGCGCCGCCUGCGCAAGCUGCUGCGCGCCGACGACACCCUUCAUUUCUUUACCUCCCCCUACCGCCGCACCCGCGAGACAACCGAGGGCAUUCUGUCGACGCUGACGUCCGACGAGGAGGACCCCUCGCCCUUCAAGCGUUCCAACAUCAAGGUCUACGAGGAGCCCCGUCUGCGUGAGCAGGACUUUGGCAACUUCCAGCCAUGCUCCGCCGAGAUGGAGCGUAUGUGGCAGGAGCGCGCCGACUACGGCCACUUCUUCUACCGCAUCCCUAACGGCGAGAGCGCCGCAGACGCCUAUGACAGAGUUAGCGGCUUCAACGAGAGUCUGUGGCGCCAGUUCGGCGAGAACGAUUUUGCCAGCGUUUGCGUGUUGGUCACCCACGGACUCAUGUCCCGCGUCUUCCUGAUGAAGUGGUACCACUUCACCGUCGAGUACUUCGAGGACCUGCGUAACGUCAACCACUGCGAGUUCCUUAUCAUGCGCAAGCAAGAAGAGAGCGGCAAGUACAUACUCGAAAACAAACUCCGAACCUGGUCGGAGCUGCGUAAAGAGCGGGCCCUGCUCAAGGAGAAGGAGGACAAGGAGCGGAGCGAGGAGGAGCGGGCGACCAAGGAUGCCAAGGCAGGGACCCUCCUUGAACGCAGUAAGACCUUCAUCGUCACGCGGCGCUGGGGUGGUUGUCCUAACGGGUGUAACCACAAGAGCCACUACCAGAGGCGUGACGACCUGGAAGUCCUCCGCCAGACGGACGAGAUCACCUCCAACGGGACGGUAGGCAACGGCUACUCCCGACGGCAAUCGCCCGCGCCCCGGAGACAGGUCAAGCGGUGCGAACAGGGCUAUACCUCGGACGAAGGGACCGACGGAGACGGCCGGCCGCCGCAGAUUGACGUUACCCGCGCCCGCCAGGAGGUCGUCUCGUCGCCUGACGGCACGCCGUCCUUUAUCUCCGCCGAGGACCGUCUACGGAGUAUGAUCUCGCCGCAUCUGCAUGUCGGCCGCGACUUUGGCGGCACAUACUCGGGACGUACGUCGAUCGCCGGCAGUGACACAGACUCGUCAGAGGAGGAGGGUCAUCGGCCUCCGAUCACCACCAUCACCAAGAUCAGAGUCAGCCCUGACGGGGAGGUCGCCGAGCAGACGAAUUGUAGCAUCAACAAAACACCCAGUCCCGUCACCGGGAUCGCGACACCGACUACUGAGGACGAGCAGCCCGACCCGAACGACCAUAAGGGGAUGCGAAGGGGCGCGCGCGCCAACCGUCUCGGUGACACCCACAGCAGUGAUCUGGGCUCUGAGGCAGACGAAGACGACCUUGCCCGGGCCGAGAAAGAGGACAGGAGUAUUCAGGGGAGUGUUUACUGA